AUUAUACUUGGUCUAUAAUUUAACAGUUGGUCAUAGUGUGAGAUUAUUUGUUCAAUGUUGGUAGUAAAACAUUUACUCAGUGUGUGUAUGUGUGUUAUGCCAACGAUGAAGACAAAUGACGUUUUAAUGGAGUUACUUGAUUGUUUAACAGAGGUCGAUCGUCGUUUGUUUCUGUAAAAAGAUGGAGAAUAUAGUGAAAUCUCAUUUUUGGCUUGCGGCUGCGGCCUUUUUGGCUGCCUGCGGUGUCUGCGCAGGCGCUGGAGUCGGUAAUAGAAGACCAUUUACGCCGACCGACUCGAUUUUAGACAUCAUCAAUACUGAACAUGUUGAGAAAUUACUAGCCGAACGACGACGAGCUGAACAGGCAACAGUUUCUACAUCCUACGUCCAAAGAAACGAGCUUGGCGAUGGCAGUUCCGAAACAAUGAUUGUUUCCGCUCCCGACCAAGAUGACAGUACGGAAUUACCAGCGGGAGUGGAAUUCCGAAAACUUUUAAAGUCCUCAAAGAACGCUCUUGUGGUAACCAAGAAAGAAUAUCUGAAAGAAGAUUGGUGCAAAACGGAACCUUUGAUUCAGAAGAUCCGGGAGCCUGGUUGUCUUCCAACCACAGUGAUUAAUAAAUUUUGUUAUGGUCAGUGCAAUUCGUUUUAUAUACCGAAAGGGCCGCGGCGACGUGACGGCAACGAAGAGCGCCCUCCGCCCGCGUUCAAGUCAUGUUCGUUUUGCAAACCCAAGAAAAUGAUCUGGGUGACAGUGAAGCUUCGUUGUCCAGGUCAGAAUCCGCCAUUUAGGCUUAAACGUUUGCAAAAGAUUAAACAGUGCAAGUGUUUACCGGUGGGCGUUAAUUGAUAUUAAUUUGGCGAAGGAUCUUAAACAUACGCGGCGGUGCAACCGUCAAGGUUUGUGAUCGAGGUAUAUAUGCUUCUUCGAAGCAUCUGAAUGGCGAUAGAGAAGAGGAAAGGGGCAAAGAAGACUCGUCGGAUUCCGAAUCCCCGAGUGUUACCAAAUGUUUUGGUAAGUAGGUUUCAUAUUGCGGACUGUGUACAAACUGAUUAAACAGAUUCUGAUCGCGUGCUCUCAUACGUCAAUAGGAUGACGUCAUAUGAUGCAUACAUUGGAUAUCUGUGUAGAAUUACUUGAUAGAGCGGCUGCGACUGCAAGUCGUCAAGCAAAGCUUUAAUUGUUUGUAGCAAAACUAAUUACUGUGGUACAAUAGUGAUGCCCGGCAUUCAGUUACAUUAUUAAGAACUAAUGUUGGGCUGAAUGAUAGUGUCCUGUGAUUAGAAAUAUCGAUUCUUUAAUGUUAUUAUAGAAUGUGUGAUAUUAGUUAUAGUCGCAGUAGAUUACUCUUCAGUUUUCUAACGAGCAACACGAUUAAUUUCUAAGUGUUGGAUUACUGUAUAUUGAUUAUUAUUUAUAAUUCUUUGUUACAUUAUUAGUAUUGUAGUUAAACGAAAUACGCUUAUAAGUACAUAAUUUAAUGUUAUUCGUAAUUAGUUGUGUCGUUUCUUGUUCAAAAUAUGCGUAGAGGUGUAGGAUAUUGCAAAAUAAUAACGUACAUGUACCCACGUAGGAUUUAAUGGUACCACUAAAAUAUUAUUAUGAUCUCUGCUUGCACUCAAGAUAUGCAUUUGUUUACAUCUGUUUACAUAAUAUAUCAAUUUAUAUGAUCUAAGGUAGAAACGUAGAUAUAUGUAUGUCUGUACCGUUAUAAUGCUGUCGUCAUUUAUUUAUUAAAUGUAGUACAUUGUACUUUUAUGUUAGGUUGUAAUACAAAAUUAAUUUAUGUGUAAUUUUAAUGGCGGUUUAGUUAUAUAGUACUUACUCGUAUGUAUCUUGAUUGUACUUGUUUGAGUUGAUGAGAUUGUUUCAUAUAAUAGUAUAAUUUUUUUUUCAUUGUAAAUAUGUACACAGUAUUACUUUGACAUUUCAAUUUUUGUUACUUAACAUAACCACUGAUUUUUUUAACAACCAUAUAUGAUGUAAUAUUAAUUGCAAUUGAAAUGAUAGAGAUGGACAAUUUUAUACGUGGGACUUAUGACUCUUGCCAAUGUUGUAUUAGUUAUAAAAAAUAAUUGAUUUAUUCCAGUAUAUUAGAAUUAAUAAUAAAAUGUACUUAAUUUAACUUUUAUUGAAAAACUAUAUAUGAUUAUAUAGAUAUGUAUAACUCCGUUUGGUUACAGUGCGAUGUUGGCAACAUUGGAAAAAGGUUAAUAAUGUUGUUAUUAAAAAAAAAUAUUAGGGAAAAUUAAACAACAUUAAACAAUAAUUAGAUCAUGAAUUUUUAUACUAUAUUCGCUUAUGUUCUUGUUCUUACCUUUAUACGGUACAAGUUUAUAUCUGUUAAUAUGAAAUACAUAUAUAUUUUGUACUUGGAAUUAGCUUCAAUCUUGACAUGUUUUGUUGAAAAUAGUAAUUUAAAAUAAUCUAUAACAAUUAAUAAUUAUUUGUAACGUAGUAUCCUGUCGCACUGUGAGCCAUUGGAGGAAAGUUUAAACUGAUUGUAUUUAUUAAGCAGCGAAUUGUUUGUAAACGAUAAAAAUAUUAUUAUGUUAAUUUUAUUCAAAAUUCGUAUCAGUAGAACGUAUAUUUCCGACAUAAAAUAUGUAAAAAUAAACAUUUUUUCGUUUUAA